GAAAAAAAAUAAGAUAAAAGAGGAAACAAAAUCUCGAAGAGAAAGAGAGAUAUGGGUGAGGUGGUUUAUAUGGACGAAGGAGACUUAGAAGCAAUCGUGAGAGGCUACUCAGGCUCCGGUGAAAGCUCCGGCGGGUCUUACCUACCAUUUGAGGCGGCUAGUUUCUACGAACCGGAGAUGGAGACAACCGGUUUAGAUGAACUCGGUGAACUCUACAAACCUUUUUAUCCUUUCUCUACUCAAACUAUCCUCACGAGCUCCGUCUCUGUUCCCAAAGAUUCAAGAAGUUUCGGAGAUGAUAAAAAACAACGAAGACAUGGCUGUCUUCUGUCUAACGGAUCAAGAGUUGAUCAUGUCAGAAUCACAGAGUCCAAAUCGAAGAAGAGCAAGAAGAACCAACAGAAGAGAGUUGUUGAGCAAGUGAAAGAAGAGAAUCUGUUGUCGGACGCAUGGGCGUGGCGUAAAUAUGGGCAGAAACCCAUCAAAGGAUCUCCAUACCCAAGGAGUUAUUACCGGUGCAGCAGCUCGAAGGGGUGUUUAGCAAGAAAACAAGUUGAAAGAAAUCCUCAGAACCCGGAAAAGUUCACCAUAACGUAUACGAACGAGCACAAUCAUGAGCUACCAACCCGGAGAAACUCACUAGCUGGUUCAACUCGAGCGAAAUCUUCCCAACCCAAACCGUCCAUAACCAAAAAAUCUGGAAAACAAGUGGUUUCUUCUCCCACAAGUAACCCGGUGAUCACAUCCCCUGAUGAAUCUUCCGUUGCUGUUCAAGACAUGGGGAUUUCUGAAAUGAGCACCUACCAAGCAACCGAAGAAAUAGAAGGCAUGAGUACCAGUUUACCAUCGGAUUUGUUGUCUGGAAUCGGAAAUUUUCCAAGCUUUACUGGUGACUUCGAUGAACUAUUGAAUAGCCAAGAGUUCCUCAAUGGGUACUUAUGGAAUUAUUAGAGAACGUUAAGUGUGUAUGAAUAUAUAGUCAAACUUAUAUUAUAGUUGCAUUGCGGCCGUUGAGAAAAAUGUAUAAAUGUCUAGUCUCUGUAGGA